AUGGCUUUGCAAUGUUACGUUUGCAAUCACGAAAACGAUACGUGCAACACCGUGACGGACAACACACCUACUAUGGAGUGCGCGACGGGAGUUGUGGGUGGAGCAGCGGGUGGUGCGUCACCGGCAGUACCAGGGGCAGUACCAGGGGAAGUACCAGGGGCAGUACCAGGGGCAGCAACAACGGCAGCACCAACAACGGUGGCACCAGCAGAAAUACAGCGGCUGGCGAGUCACGGUCUUAAAAACCUCAACGCACGUCGCUUGGCACGGUCAGUCGACCUUCUUGCUACGGUCGACUACCAAUGCUUUUCCGUGAAAGUUUCGUUCAACAACUCCCUUGGUAAUAAUGAUUAAGACCAAAAUAAUACCAAUGAUAAUCACCAACUGGCUAUUUGUACGCAUUUCGCAGGUGUAAUUGCAAAUGGCACUCAACGCGGGUGCAUGGAAGCAUCAAAAAACUGUUCCGAUAUAGUGAACUUGUCAAAAAACCUAACCGGGAUCACCGUGUUGGAAUUGUGCACAUCCUGCACCGACGAUAAGUGCAACAACGGCAGCGUGGGUGUGGCUGUGCACUAUGCCCUGAUUCUGUCCUUGUACUUUAUGGUGGCGACCCAAGUUUUGUCCCUGAUCAAGAGCUAA